GUGUGCGUGUGAGCGCGCGAGCGAGCGUAUGUGGUGUGCAUAUAGGUAAUAAGCUGCUCCGCCACUGCGCAACGAUGGAGCUAUCGCAACGAUGGAGAUGACGCAAACAGACCCAGCUCUCCGAAAAAGUGUUUCAAGACGAACAUGGCGGCAACUUAACCGCGGUCCAAGAUGACAAUGGCCAACAGGAGAAAGGAUUCUAGGUUUUUCGCCCAGGUACGGGACAGAGAAACUAGCCUGCCUGCAUCAAACGGGCUCGUUGCUCUCCUUUAAGUGAAUCUGCAAAGCGAACGGCGGCAGACGCGCAGCAUCAGCACCGAGAGGCUCGCAACAGCUGGUCUCCCUGCACCCCCGCCGAAAGAACAACCCCGGGGAGAGACGGUAGGGAGAGGAGGGCAUGCGGUCAAAGAGGACGCCGUUUCCCCCCGGAGAGCCAUGGAGAACCGGGAUGCGGCAGCGCGAGGCUUAAUCUGUGCGGGCUCGCUAAUUGGAUCGGAAUAGCUCCGAGUGCUGCGGGCGCGAUAGUGGAGCGCCCUGGACCGGCGGAGGCACGGCACCCCACCGAUAUACAGAGGAGAACCAACCGGAGUCCAUCCCCCAACAAGUCAAUGAGUAUUGUGGCAGAGCAGCCCCCGCGGUGGAGUCGGCCAGGGCAGCACUUUCCUAAAAUAUGACCAGGGGUGCUUGGAUGCGUCGGCAGCAUGACGAAGGCUUAAAAUACUGGUUUGCACCCCGAGAGAACGAGAAGCCAUUUACCGAGUCGGAGAGGGCCCAGAGAUGGCGACUGUCGCUGGCCUCUCUGCUCUUCAUCACCGUCCUCCUCUCUGAUCACUUGUGGUUCUGUGCCGAGGCAAAACUGACGCGAACCCGAGACAAGCGGUCGGGCGACAUGGGCGAGUACCCAAACUACCGACACCACAUCCAAACAUCACCUGACCCCCAGCGUCUCGCCAGAGAGCAAGAUGUUAUUUUUCUAGGGAAUUCUACCAAACCUCUGUGGCGAAUGGACACCUGUCACCCCGACAGCCUGUCCAAAGACUGCUUUACUUUCACGGACGCGGAGACCGUGUGCCGGGGCCUCUCUGGUAGAGGGGAAAACGGGACACAGUUGGCGUACGUGAAUCUGAGCGAUUUGUACCUUUCUUUUUGUAAUUCCUACUCACUUUUGGAUUUGUUUUACGGGUUUACGAGUCUGUACGAUAUGAACUGCACCCUGGAUAUGGCCACUGGGGUGGAUGUGCUGGGAUGCCGUGAGUGUGUCCAGGCUUAUCAGCGUCUUGACCAGGAGGCGGAGGACAGAUACCACGAGUUUGAACUGCUGGUUCAGAAAUACGAGACAGAUGCAUACUCGGUUAGGACGUGCAUGGAGGAGUGCAAGAUGGUUUAUAAGCCUUGGCUGUGUUCUCAGUACUUCCAGACCACCCAGAUGCACUGCAGCAAUCGAAUCCCCUGUGGUCAGUACUGCCUGGAGGUGCAACAGCGGUGCCCCUUUGUCCUGCCCGACAAUGAUGAUCUCAUUCACGGAGGCAGCCCCAGUUUUAUAUGCACAGGGCUGCUGGAAGACUAUCCAUCAGGUGUGGACCCAGAUGCAGAGUGCUGUGACGUACGGUGGUACUUGAAAGCAGACAACCGUUCCCGGGGGACCCUGAAAAGAACUCACCCACCAUGCCAGCACCGUACCUCCCUCAGCUCCUCAGCAGCCUGCAGACUGUGUAACAGCCGGCUCAAACUCUGCCUGCUGGUCCUUGUCCUCCUACACACUGUUGCCAGCCUCACAGCAUCCCACAAUGCAACAGGACUGGGCCUCCCCACCAUCACGCCUCUGGAGGAGAGCCCUGCCAACGAGGAGUGAUAGAGCUGCCAGGAGAAGGUGAGGUUGUUGGGGUGGGGGAUUCCCUCACCAUGGCAACCGAUGUGGAAAAAUACAGCCACAGCUGUGCAAGCGGCUGGAGCUGUACGCCUGUGGACAUCCUGCAACGCUUUCUGGCAAAUGGAAAAUGUGGGACGCUUUGAUAUUAAAAGACACAGGAAUCAAUCAAGACAAAUGAAUAACUAAACAAACAGACAUACCGCGGGGUUCAAACAGUCCCUUCUGUAGGGAAAGGGGACAAUGCCACAGCCUUUGUUGAGAGGGAAGGUCAGCUUCCUCGUGGCUGAGUUUCUCUCACUACGCUUUUUUACACUGUGUUCCAAUUAUUGGUUUGUGUUGCACUGGCUAACUAUGGAAUAACACAAUCAUAUUCACUUUUUAAUGUUCAUCCUUUGUCUUUGUUUCUGAGUCUCUCAUAGAGGAAGGAAAUGUGUCUGCCUCGAAAUAAGACAGACAACGUGUAAAGAAAAAGAGGAAUAUCUUGCAAGUUUGUCUGUGUGUGCGUUUUCUAGAUUUACUUGUGUGCGUGUGAGCAUGUGUGUGUAAGAGAAGGAGUGUGUGUUGCGGACACAAAAGUCUACCUAACAGGCUGGUACAGCAGAUGAUUUUUAUGGAGGCCCCCUCAGAUGUCACUUAGCUCUGCCAUGGUGUUUUGAUGGCCACAAUCUCAUUAAACACCACUGACUUUUUUGAAUGUGGUUCUGAUGUCCAUAAUAAAUACAGUGUUUAACGCAGGUUUACAGUUUCCCCUUAAUUAGUUUUGUGAGAUAACAUUGACCCAUUAAUGUUGCUUUUAAAUCCAAAAUAGCAAAACCUGGCAUUAGAAACCAGGACAGGACAGCCCGUUCUGUUUUUCCAAUGCUUUAAAUCUCAGAUGAGCUCUUUUUAAUACAACAUGGGUCUUUUUACUAGCUUUGACCAUAAUUCCUUAUUUUUGACUAUUCAAUCUAAUAGGUUUGAUCAAAUAUAAAAUGUAAAAUUUAGGCCAUAUGCAUAUGCACGGUUCUUUGCAUUUAGGUAACUGUCAUGAAGACUUCAGGUGCCAAAGAAAUGGAUUAGAAAAUGUGCUUAUCUGCUCUCCAUUGUCUUUGUUACCUCAGCGAAUGUUGUAGCAUCAUUACUACUAAGUGUCAUCUUGACGAAUAGAACCGACUGUCAAAACUACAAAAAUGAAAUCCAAUUUGUGGUGAGCCAGAUGAAAGCUUUAGGUUCCUAUUGUGACAGGGCUGAGCCAUGUCAAUGACAAAAUUUACAAAUGAUUAGAAUUUUAAAAGGUUAAAAGUUUUUUAGGGGUUACUUCCAGGAUUUUGGAUCACUGGAUUUAAAAUCAUCAUGUUUUUAAUGCAGGGAAAAUAUUAAGUAAACGUGAGCUGUUUUCACACUUCCACUGCAGCAAUGAACUUCUCUGGACAUCCGGUUACGGGGCUGCAUGCAGAAUGCAGAUGUUCUCAUUAAAUAGUUCUUAACCUGCCGUAACACUGUCUGGAGUUAAUGUGUGAAAAUGACAACAGUGAUUCAAGUAAAGCAGGGUGGCGAAAAGUUCAUUUUUGUCAGCUUUUUAGAGUGGAUGUAAACCUGAUGAAUUAUUAUACCUGGAAAAAUGAUCACCUUUGUUAGUGUACACAAAAGUGUAAGAUUCAGAGAUCGGGCAAUUUUAUCUCACCAAAUGAAAUUAAGCCUAUGCUUGUCUUAAUCAAGGAUAUUAUUUCUUAUUCUAAACAUACUCCUCUUGUCAGCAACAUGGCUGAGCAAAGCUGACUGAUGCUGGGAUAAAAAAAAACAUUAGAUCAGUAUAUUUAGCACUGUUAAACCAGACAUAAAAAGACUUGCUCUUUUUUAAGGUACCAUCCAGUCAAAUAGUGUCUGCAGCAUACAAACAGCAUUUAGUCUGAAGGCCGCUCCUUUCCCCUUAAGCCUUGGAUCGGCUUCUUCACCUUGACGUGGGUUCAUAAUAAAAAUGUAACAGAAAUAUGACUAAUAAAUUACUCUAGCUAUGAAUACUACUUGAAAACAAAAACUCAAUUUGCUGUUUUCCCCUGAACCAAAACCUAACCUCAGGCUUUUUAUUCAAAGGAAACACAGUGACUGGAUGUUACCUUUAAUGACCUUUCGUAAUUUGUAAACUAUAACUCCCAUGCAAUUAUAAAAAGGAUAAAAUGUCAACAUCUCAUUAGGCACGGUAGCUCACUACCUGCAGCUACUCCGGUUUCUUACACUGUAUUCCUGCUCCCCGGCCCCUUGUGCUGAGCUGGUCCCAUACGACACACAGACUGACAUUCCCCAUCUGAUAACCACAGCGCAGUUCUGACAUAUCUGUUGAAUCCAAAUGUGUAUUACAUGAACUGCAUGUGGAGGCGCUGCAAGGUUAUGAAAGCCUCUUUUGUUGAUUGUCUUCAGCCCCACUCCCUGAAUGCACCACAUCUUAUCCCAAAUCGGCUCCUGUGGCAUGCCCACUGUCUUGUACUUUUUCUCCUGACAUGUCAAACUCCUGUCUCAUUAAGUAAAGGGCUUAUUAAGAUAUACAGAUCAAACGCCAUCAAAACAGACAUCAAGCACAUUCAAAAAGGUUGCAUCCAAAUUGUUAGUAGACAAAAGGUAAAAACCUGGCUCAUUUAUUAUUACUGUUAUUGUUAUUAUUUUGAACUCAUGCGGUUUCAGUACAAAGGUAUUCCGCCGGCUGCUACUGGAAAGCAGAAACAGAAACAAACACAGAGAGAGGAGCAUGCCAUUGUUUGUGUUUGCACCAAUCACAUUAUCUGUGAUCAUCUAGGUCCGCUAACACUUUGAUUUAUAAAUGUUGACCUGUGUGUGAAAAGAGAGGAAUGGUUUGACCUUAAGGGCUGACUUCUUCUUUUGUUUCUGGUUUUAUUUUUUGUCUCUUUGAUGAACAAGGCUGUGAGAUCAGGUACAUGGUAAAGAUGAGCAGAUAAACAGCUUUUGCUGAAUGAAUUUUUUCCCCCCACUCUCGAAUAUGUUUAUUGCUUAUAUGAGAUGUCCAGUCUGAUAUCUGAUGUCAACACUUUUAUUAUUAACCUUAUAUGAGGAUUUAAAAGUCAUCAUUAUUCACACAAUUUCUAUAUAAUAAGUAUAUUGGCUUAUUUUGGCACUUACUGUUUAGACCCUGCCUCAGUCUCAUUACCAUUGCUGCUUGCUUGAAAUGCAUACAUAACUGUUUCAUGGUCAUGCGGCACGGCACACCCAUGCCCAUCAUAAAUGACUGCUUCCGGUUUCAGAACAAUGCUGCUAUACCAUUGGCCACCACUAGAUGGCAAUAGAUUUAUUCGUUUCCACUGACACUUCUGCUAAAGACCUACCACAAAAGGUCUGACAGAUACACGGAAACCAGGAAGGCAGAGCUCCAUGUGUGCUGCUGUGUGCUCUUCUUUUGUUCUUAUACAUAGAUGUAGGUUAAUGUCUCUGAGUCUCUUUGGAGAGCUCAUUUGUGUUUAAAUGACCUCGUGGCAGUGGGACAGGUGUGGCAAACCACAGCUGUCUUUCACCACACAGGGUCUUGCAACAUUACCUAUAUGAUAUUAGCUGCAGUCCUGAAGCAUGCAUUUUAGUGUGAAAUCAGUACAGUGAUUGCACAUUAGAUUGUGUAAUAACUGUGUCAUUGCCCCAAAACAGACUCUGUAUUAUUUGCAUUUUUCCGUUCUCGUCUUAAGGAAAUAUUUCCCCCAAAUUUCCAUAACAUGAAAUGCAGUACAGGAUGUGCAGACAGCGGUUAAUGGUGCCCAAGCAUAAAUAAAUAAAAUUUAAAAUACAGCAUGACAUAGUGCUUUUCAUAAUGACACAUAAUGGACAUAAGAAGGAAUACAGGGUCUGCAAGAAAUGCUAGCAAUACAUAGAUUGCCCCGCAAGUGUCAUGCAAGCCUUGUCACAAGCACAUGUAAAAGAUGAGUCCACCUUGAAGUGUAAUAUGUUCAGCAGAUUGUGAUUUCAUCCUGCCGUUAAUGGCCAGCGGUCAUGCUGCGAUCCAGCAGCCACCAAAAGCCAACCGGCGGACACGCCUAUUCAAUAAACCUGCUUUCAGAAGUCACGCAGAGAACAUGAUUGCUUUACACGCAGCAGAGCAUCCUGACUGUGGUUGCAUGGGUGCGAAUGCUGUGCAUAUGUGUCAUCUAUCACACGCCUUCACACAUGUUUGCACCAGGUAUGGACAUUUCUGUGUGCAAGAUUACUUCCAAAAACAAACAAAAAAAGAAUUAGAUUUGACUGAUGUAAAUCUCUGAUUUGACUUUUGUUGGUAAUGCAGGCUUGCACGCAACAGUUACUCUGUGAUAAUUUAAUUUUUUUGUAUGUAUUGGUUCGUCAAAUUUUUUACUGCAUUAUAAUGAGAAGAAAUUGUGUAGGGUCUUAUAGAUUCAGACUAGAUCCCAGACAAUGGUCUGUAGCGAUCAUAGGUUAUGGUCUGUCACGUUCCAUUACACACUAACGUACAAAAUCGAAUUUUGUGUUUUACCCCUGCACAUAUAGAGUAUUUAUGCCUCUUGCCAUUACCACCCUGUGCACCCACCACGAAAUAAUAUGUACACAAAUAUUGCCCUCUUUCACUCUUUCUCAGCCUCUCUCUGUUUUCACAAUAGUUCUGUUCUCUAUCCUGUGGAUCUAUGCAGAAGCCCAUUCCUUUUUUUGGUUGUAAAUAUGUUCCCUAGUAUGCUGAACAAUGUAUGUCUCUCCUUGUGUACUUUGAGUUGAUGUCAUGCUGUUACUUUCUUCUUCUUCUUCUCCUUCUUCUACUUCUGAUCCUUUUUUUUAUUUAAGCGUCUCAGAUCAUUGAUGUUAAAAGAGAGUGUGGUGAGGUUUAACCAAUAGACUUGUCCUCAGCUUUGCAACCUUAUUGUGAAAGGUUGUGGCUUUGUGUGUGCAUAAGUGAAUGAUUUAUGAUUAUAGAGAUGAAAAAGGUUCAAAGGCAUAUAGAAAUAUCAUUGCGAUUAUGAUUAUUAUUAUUACUAUUAUACUACCAGUAUAUUGUAAUAUUAUAGAUGCUUUAGUUCAAGUAACUUCUUUAAUUUUUCUACAAACAACUUUGAUGAAAUGAUUUAUAAAACAGUCUCACAAGUCAUGAUCUUUUCGAAAAGUAUGAAAACUACUGCUACAAUGAUUAAAAUUGUGUUCUGAUGAAA